UUUAUAAUAAAUCCUUACCUUAACUUGGAUUUUUCCUCCUUUUUAAGUCUGUACUUUAUUUUUCUCUUCUAAAGUGUCACUAUAAAUUCGUAUCGAGACUCCAGAAGGAAAAACCAAUGACAGAAGAGCAGAAACUCCCGUGAUAGAGCUGAAGUUAAUACUAGGUGGUCCGUGACCCUUUUCUCUUCUCUUCCCUUCUCCGCUUCCCGAACGUCCAUUCUACGAACUCAAACAAGGACCCCCAUUCCUCACGACCAUCCAAAAGGUCAUCUGAGAGCACGUUGUGCGUCACUAGUAGGGGGCUGGUUGGCUAUAUUAUCGCACCUCAUCCCCUUGGGGUAUAGUUCAUCAGUCUCCCAUACCUGGGCCGACGCUGUCAUCUUAUCUCCUUGCCGCGGGCAACGAUUUCAUGGGUGGUAUUCUUUUGGAUUCCUUAAUUCCCACAGUUCUGGUUUAGCGGCCUUAUCCACGCCCCAUCCAACGUUCAUUCGACGUAAUCACAACCAUGGCCGACGGCGCACCCCUCGCCGCCUCUUCUGCGUCGCUCGAUCCAAGUCUAAGCCCUCUUCAUGCGUCUCCCACUCGUUCCUCGACCUACGCUGCCUCCUCUCUGGCCCUAUCUACUCCCGCCAUAACCGCCAGUUUCUUCGUGGCUUCGACCUUCUCCAAUUCUCUUCUUCCACCCCCACCGUUGUCCCCUCCGACGCCUUCAACCAUGGUGGGAUGGAUCGGAUGGGUGUUUUCCUUCUUCUUCCAGAUCAUUCCAAGCUUCCUCUACUGGGUGAUCACUUUUGCAACCAUAACCCUACCCACAUGGCUGUUUACCCUCUUUUCGAUGAGCUUGACCUUUACCAUGAAUUUCACCACUCUUUUGUUGAUCGCCCUGGUGAUCGUAUCGACCAUCAGUUGGUUCAUUCGUUACCGGUUCAUGAAUAUGUACAGUCGCCUGCCUCCGGAGCCGCAACGCAAAGAACCCCAUCUCGAUCUCUUCCCCGAUGUCCAGGAAGGAGAUUCCAAACCCGGCCUCGCCAAUUACCUAGACGAAUUCCUAAGUGCCAUCAAGGUCUUUGGCUACCUAGAGCGACCGGUGUUCCAUGAAUUGACUCGGACCAUGCAAACCAAAAAGUUAAUUGCUGGGGAAACGCUAAUGCUGGAGGAAGAGAAAGGUUUUUGUCUGGUGGUGGAUGGCUUGGUCCAAAUAUUCGUCAAGUCCAUGCGGGACAGGAAAUCAGGCGUAGACUGUGAUUCAAACCAUGUGGAGGCCGAGUCUUCAGAUGAGAGCGAUCAGGUGGAUGGAAAGCAAGGCUACCAGCUGCUUACGGAGGUGAAGAACGGCGCCUCGAUGUCAUCCUUGUUCUCCAUUCUGUCCUUGUUCACUGAGGAUAUUCAAGUGCGAGCCAGCGAAGGUUCGUCUUCUAGUGCAUCUAGCGUAGCCCCCAGUACUACUGCUCGGGUACCCGACUCGUUCCCGGCGAGUCCUCGCGGCUUAGACGACAGCCCUCGUUCUAAUAUCAUUAGAGAUAGCGGCUACUCCGUCGCCCAUAUAAACAACAGUAAUGGGGAGCUUCUACCAGCGGUGCCACCGCUGAACUUGGGAGAAAGCCAACCUAUUCCCCGCCAGGAAUCUCGCCCGGACCCGAGGGACCAGCCUGGUAAGAGGCGGCGAAAGUCGGUCCAUCCGGAUAUUGUGGCUCGAGCCAUGGUAGAUACGACCAUCGCCAUCAUUCCUGCCAGCGCUUUUCGCCGUCUGACGAGGGUCUAUCCGAAAGCGACCGCCCACAUUGUCCAGGUGAUUCUGACACGGCUCCAUAGAGUAACGUUUGCGACGGCACAUUCUUAUCUAGGUCUAAACAACGACGUCUUGGGUAUUGAAAAGCAGAUGAACAAGUUUACCACUCAAGAUCUGCCGAAUGAGAUGCGUGGGGCGGCUUUGGAUCGCCUCAAGGACAAGUUCAUCAAAGAGCGAGACCGUCUGGGCCCGGAAGAGAUCACCAAGGGCAUUGCGCUCCACAACCCAUCUGCGGGAAGACGACGCCGGUCCAGUAGCUUGCUGAGAAAGGAAGCAGUUCUUCAUGCAAAGAUGGCAACACAACCGAAGCGAGCGGCUGCCACCACUAGUCCAGAAAAUGUACCGGGUGACCGCGAGGCGCCAGGGCCGAGUCCCGGAGAUCUAUUGUCUACCAUUCAGCUCUCUCGGUUCGGUCCCAGAUACGAACACCUAGCUCCUAAGCUGCUCAGUCCUUUGUCCGACAAGGAGCGCUCCCCUUUCAUGGCUCCCGUUAUGCACAGCUCGCCUUUCCAUCGGAAGAAGGACUCGGUUGACGAAGACGCUUUAUUCAGGGAAUCCAUCCUGGAUUGCAUCAUGAAGGGUAUCGGCCUCUCUGGGAGUACUCGCGAUGUCUUGCGUAAGGGCAGCAAUACGUCAGGUGACAUAUCCCCAAAGCUUCUGUCCUAUGAUUCUCGGCGCCAAAAGGCUGUGUUUACCAACAAUGCCUUUGGGUUCAUUGACCCUUACGACGGAUCGGCGGAUGGCGAGACGGAAUCAAUGAUGUCAAUGUCCAUGACCAGCGCCGGCGGAACGUCGCCUAUCGUCAACCUACGAGAGGAACUUCGAAACGACAUCGAAAUUGUCUAUUUCCCCCAGAGUUCAGUUCUAGUAGAGCAAGGAGAACGCCAUCCAGGCCUGUACUACGUAAUCGAUGGAUUCUUGGACGUAGGUAUUCCUGUGUCCGACAAAGGGGAGGACGUCGUGGGCGGUUCGAGAUCAGCGUAUGGGCAGCCGCAUGAGCAAUUCUUUCCUACUCUGAAACGGACAACGACCGGCUCCUCUCGCGCUUCGGUUGCGACGAAUACCACGAACGACCCUAAGCGGAAGAAGCAGUCGCGGAAAUCACUCUACCUGAUCAAGCCCGGCGGAAUUCAAGGAUACGUAGGAUCCGUUGCAUCUUACAGAUCCUAUACAGACGUGGUUGCGAAGACAGAUGUGUAUGUCGGAUUCCUUCCCAUUUCAUCCUUGGAGAGAAUCGCAGAGCGGUACCCGAUUGCACUCUUGACGCUGGCAAAGCGACUGACAAGUCUUCUCCCUCGCUUGCUUCUUCACAUCGACUUCGCUCUUGAAUGGGUGCAGGUAAAUGCAGGCCAAGUCAUCUAUCAUCAGGGCGACGAGAGCGAUGCAAUCUAUCUUGUCCUGAAUGGACGUCUACGGUCUGUUCUCGAAGGUACAGAUGGCAAGAUUACGGUCGUUGGCGAAUAUGGCCAGGGAGAAAGUGUUGGAGAGUUGGAGGUCAUGACUGAGUCGACCCGCCCGGCAACUUUACACGCCAUCCGGGACACCGAACUGGCUAAAUUUCCCCGAUCCCUUUUCAACAGUCUUGCGCAAGAGCACCCGGGGAUUACUAUUCAGGUUUCGAAGCUUAUUGCCCAGCGAAUGCGAGACCUCGUGGAGCUUCCUCUUUCGGAGAAGGGAUGUGAGCAUGCGAACGCCGGCAGCGUCAAAACCGCCGCGUCCGUGGUAAAUCUUCGUACCGUUGGUAUACUCCCUGUAACUGCUGGGGUUCCCGUGGUAGAAUUUGGCCACCGCCUGCAGAACUCCCUGCACCAAAUCGGCGUGACGAACGGUGUUACUUCCCUCAACCAGGCGGCUAUCUUGAACCAUCUAGGACGGCACGCUUUUAGCAAGAUGGGGAAACUGAAGCUGUCCCAGUAUUUGGCCGACCUCGAGGAGAAGUACGGCAUGGUGCUCUACAUCGCAGACACCAACGUUAACUCCCCUUGGACACAGACAUGCAUCACGCAGGCCGACUGUAUUCUGCUCGUUGGCCUUGCCGAGUCAUCCCCCAACAUAGGUGAAUACGAGAGAUUUCUACUUGGCAUGAAAACAACAGCCAGGAAAGAACUGGUAUUGUUACAUGCCGAGAGGUAUUGUCCUCCUGGGUUAACACGCCGCUGGCUGAAGAACCGGAUGUGGAUCAACGGCGGUCACCAUCAUAUCCAGAUGGGUUUCCGGCUGACCCCUGAACCCUCACACCCUCAAGCGAAACGGCUUGGGGCCGUUCUGAAGCAAAGGGUCCAAGUCAUUCAGGCAGAAAUUCAGAAGUACACCUCGCGGCGGAUUCAUCAGACGCCACUCUACUCGGCACAAACUCCGUUCAAAGGCGACUUCCAUCGUUUGGCCCGCCGACUCUGUGGCAGGUCUGUUGGUCUCGUCCUUGGUGGCGGAGGAGCUAGAGGUAUCGCCCAGGUGGGCGUCAUCAAGGCACUUGAAGAGGCUGGAAUCCCCAUCGACAUCAUUGGCGGUACAUCCAUCGGUGCAUUCAUUGGGGCAUUAUAUUCACGUGAUGCGGAUGUGGUUCCCAUGUAUGGUCGGGCAAAGAAGUUCGCCGGCCGCAUGGCUAGUAGAUGGCGAUUUAUGCUUGAUCUUACUUAUCCUACCGUCUCUUACACCACUGGUCACGAAUUCAACCGCGGAAUCUUCAAGACUUUUGGAGAUAGCCAAAUCGAGGACUUCUGGUUAGAGUACUACUGCAACACUACCAACAUCAGCAAAUCACGGCCUGAAUACCACUCAUCGGGUUAUACCUGGCGCUACGUGCGCGCGUCGAUGUCAUUGGCCGGCCUUAUUCCCCCCAUUUGCGACGAAGGCAGCAUGCUACUCGACGGCGGGUACAUCGACAACCUUACGGUGGCCCAUAUGAAGGGGCUUGGGGCCGACGUGAUUUUCGCCGUCGAUGUAGGCUCCAUCGACGACAACACACCUCAAGGGUACGGCGAUUCGCUGUCCGGACUCUGGGCCGUGGUCAACCGUUGGAACCCGUUCUCCGCAAUGCCGAACCCUCCCACGCUGUCCGAAAUCCAAGCACGACUGGCGUACGUGUCAUCUAUAGACAAUCUAGAACGGGCCAAGAACACCCCUGGAUGUUUGUACAUGCGUCCCCCCAUCGACCACUACGCAACCCUCGACUUCGGCAAGUUCGACGAGAUCUACCAGGUGGGAUACGCGUAUGGCAAGCAGUACCUGGACAAGCUCCGAAGGGAAGGGUCCCUACCAUUGCCAGAGGAAAGUGAAGAGAAAAAGAAGCUCCAACGUACCUUGGCGCCUCGGCGAGCGAGCAUCUAAGCCCUUCUACAGUGCCAAUUCCACUACAAGAAUGACGCACCUUGAAACAGCGAAUGGAGUUUUCAGGAUAAUAUUUCCGGCUAAAACAUUCUUUGUUAUUGGAUCCAUAAAUCUCUUGUAUCUAGAAUACGCGCCUCGCAUUAUACCAACAGCGUUCAUAUUGCAUAGCAGAUAGGCUUAUGCCAAAAGUAUACAGUCCAUGUCCAUAGAGAGUCAAAUCCACUGUACAUACAUACAUUAUAGCGGCAUUAAGCUCCUUUCCAUUGUUCCUAUAACCCAGUAUGGAAUGUCUCAACACUUUACCUAGAACAGAUCAUAGUGACAUCACCUCGGAUAUCGAAAUCGCGGUGGCUUAAGAAAAGAUCAGAGUUCGGCCGAUCUAUGACAGCAGUAUGCCCGAAGACCUUCAUUUUGGAUCACAGGUC